CCGUUCAAAUCUGUGCCGGUCGCCUGGUCACUAGAAUGAGUGCGCUACUCUGACUUGGUGGAGAAGGGAGAGGGAGGGGGUUGUUGACGUCGAGAGCGCGCAAGAGCUCGUUACAGAAGAGGAGCUUUGCAAAGAUGAAUUAGAUGCUAAGUCUUGACGCAAUUUAAAUGUCGUUUGUUUUUUAUAUGCCAACUUAACUUUAAAUAAACUUUGUUUUCGUCUCGUUCGAUAAGUGUCGUCUUAAACAGGUGCUGCGUUUGGACUGCUAUCAUCAUUGCCUAAAUGACGAAGGGGACAUGCACUUGCUGGCACCAACUAUGUCAAUUAAUGUUGAAAUAGGAUACUUUUCACGCUGCCUCGCCGGAUUGAUGGGAUGCUAAAUCAGUACUUCAAUUUAAUUCUGUUAAUACAUCAUUUAUGUCCGAAUGAUUUUUGCUCACAUAAGAUGGAUUCGCAGUUUUGAUUGAUGGAACCGUGCAAGUAAAAGGAUUUGGGAGCACGGUCGGUGCCUUUCAACGCUACUUGUAAAUUCGUAUUCGUUUUUUGGAGUCUUUACAAUGAAAACAUAAAGACAUAAUUUGCAUUGGGGUUGUCGUGGUAUUUGUGCAUUGUGUUUUUGCGGGAGAAGAGACUGUAAAUCUUCUGCCAGAUAUGUGUUGGUCGAACAACACUGUGCUGAAAUACAGGAAUACAGACCUACUGUAGAGCCUUAAAAUGUAUGCUGGACGGAAACGAAGAAAACCGGUCCAAAGAGCGGUAAAACAGCCGCCGGUGGAGGGUGUGAAAUCCAACCCAUCCAAGCGGCACAGAGACCGGCUGAACUCCGAGUUGGAUCGUCUGGCCAGCCUACUGCCAUUCCCCGAAGAAGUCACCUCCAGCCUGGAUAAGCUCUCGAUUCUACGCCUCAGCGUCUCCUACCUGCGGGCCAAGAACUUCUUCAGUGUUGCUCUGAAGAACCACAAUUGCAAAGGUCUGACAGGCAACAGCAGUAGCCAUGACAACAACAAGCCAACGGGUCUUACGGACAGAUGGAUACCAGAGGGGGAAUUACUACUCCAGGCUCUCAAUGGGUUUGUGUUGGUCACCACAGCAGAGGGGAUUAUUUUCUACUCCUCACACACAAUUCAAGACUACCUGGGCUUCCAUCAGACGGACGUCAUGCACCAGAGUGUGUUUGAGCUCAUCCACACAGAAGACCAGCAGGAGUUCAGGAGGAACCUGCACUGGGCCCUCAACCCACCGGACACUGCCCCUCCUGACCACUCGCCACCCGAUGGGGAACCGGUCAGCAACAUGUCUCUGGUCACCUACAACCCAGACCAGCUUCCCCCGGAAAAUUCCUCCUUCCUGGAGAGAAGCUUCGUGUGUCGCUUCCGCUGUCUCCUGGACAACUCCUCAGGCUUCCUGGCGCUGAACCUUCAGGGUCGUCUAAAGUUCCUCCACGGGCAGAACCGUCGCCUGGACGAUGGGUGCCAGGUGCCCCCUCAGCUGGCACUGUUCGCCAUAGCAACGCCUCUCCAGCCACCCUCCAUCAUGGAGAUCCGCACCAAGAACAUGAUCUUUAGGACCAAGCACAAGCUGGACUUCACCCCCAUGGCCUGCGACGCAAAGGGCAAGAUUGUCCUGGGUUACACAGAGGCCGAGCUGAGGGUUCGGGGGUCAGGAUACCAGUUCAUCCACGCUGCGGACAUGCUGUACUGCGCUGAAAACCAUGUUCGCAUGAUUAAGACCGGGGAGAGCGGCCUGACCGUAUUCCGCCUGCUCACCAAGGAGAACCGCUGGAAGUGGGUGCAGGCCAACGCCAGGCUCGUCUACAAGAACGGCAAGCCCGACUACAUCAUCGCCACCCAGAGGCCGCUGGUUGACGAAGAGGGUGGGGAACACCUGAGGAAGCGGUCGAUGCACCUGCCCUUCACCUUCGCGACAGGUGAGGCACUGCUUUACCAGACCAGCUAUCCCAUCCCCGGUUUCCCCGACAACGCCCACGGCAAAGGAAAGAACAGCAAGGCCAAGAAGACCAAGGCUGACGGCAGCAAGAGCUCCAAGGACGAGGUGGACCCCAGCUCCCUGCUGGGGGCGCUGAUGAGACAGGACGAGUCAGUGUACGUGUGCCAGCCCGCCGUGGAGCCAAAGAUGGGCCACCACCACCGCAGCUUCUUCGCCGACCAGGAAGAGCCGGGGAGCGGCGGCGGUGGAGGAGGAGGGUUCGGCUCGAUGGCGGUGCCCGGUGACGGAUGGGGCGCGGCCGUGUCGAACGGCUUCCCGUUUGGCGGCGGGUCCAAGAGCGAGCCGUCGAGUUUUGACCCGCUGCUGGCCACGCUGGACUCGCUGUCGCUGGAGAGCGAGGAGACGUGCUCGAACAGCGAGCUGUUCAGCGCGCUGGAGAACCUGGGCCUCAACGCCGAGGACCUGGAGCUGCUGCUGCUGGACGAGCGCAUGAUCCGCGUGGAGAUGGAGCCCGACUACAUCCCCUCGCUCAACGACCUGCUCACCAACAACGAGAUCCUGUCCUACAUCCACGACUCGCUCGAGAGCGGCGCGCGCACGGACGCCGCCGACGCGGUGGUCGCCAGCGGCGGCAACAGCAGCAGCAGCAGCGGUAGCAGCAUUAGCAGCGGCUCACAGAUGGACGUCGUCCCCUCCGUGGAGACGCCCAACCUCACGCUGGUGCCCGCCACCGCCACUGCCACCUUCACCCAGUCGUCCUACACCCCCAUCCCCGAGCCGUGCCCUGUGCCCAUGCCCACCCCCACUCCUCCGGGCACCACCCUCCCCCCUACAUACCUCCAGUACCGGCCGCACAGGCCACCAGCGCCCCCUAUAGUCCAGCUCUCACAGCAGAUGCACCAGCAUCUCAGUGGGCAGGCUGGCGCCCCGGUGACCUGGGUGCAGGGCUCCCCCUCGGACAUCCCCCCCAUGCCCAGGGUGCCCUUUACCCCGCACAUGAACUCGGCGGUGUCGGCAGUGCCCAACGGUCACUGGGUCCCCCAGCCUGAGCCCGUCGCCGCUGGCUUGGAUGACCGCUGUCGUCUCCAGCAACCGACGCUAGGCGUCCAGCUAACACCGUCGACAACAACGACGACAAUGACGACGGGCAUCCACCCAAACUCCAGGGCACAGGAGGCCUGGCAGCAGCGCCACCUGCUGGCCCAGCUGCAGCAAGCCCAUGUCCAGCACCACUUCAAACCCCCACGGUUAGAGGAUGGCACCACCGCCCCCUCCUCUUCCUCCUCCUCCUCGUCCUCCUCUGUUAACGGGCUCUACCCGACCCCGGAGCCCCAGUGGCAGGCCUACAACUGUGCCAGCCAGGUGGAGCUCGUCUCUGACGGACCCUGCUUCCCCAACGGGCACACGUCCCACGCGCAGAAUGCCCGCGGAGGGGUGCCACACAUGGAUUACAGUAUGACAGAGGACACGGACAUGGACUACCCUCUGAACAGCCGCGUUCCCACGGGCGGCCCGAUGAUCCCGUCGGCCCUUGCGUCGGCCUAUCCGUCGGGCCUCCAGAAAGCCGAGCUCCAGCAUCAGACUCCUCUUCAGCAGCCAAAGGCUCCCCUGACCCCCCACCCCCACCCCUGCUACCCCCAGCACCAGGCUCACCACGCAUCCCUGGAGCAGCUCCUGGGCCUGGGGCAGAACCGGAACCAGCACCCGCCUCACCUGGACGCCUACGGCAUGAUCAGCACGCACGGUGUCCCCCUGGACACCACGCGAUGCUCCAAGAUGGAAACUGCCUGCAUUCUGAACAGCACGAGUGUGGCUUACACUAGCGCUUGCCUGGUUCCUAACGGGACCGCGGUGGGCCCCAACGACAGUCCGCACCCGCACUCUGGCCCCGAGACCCUGCCCAGCCUCCCCGACUCACAAUCCACCGGGUUCUACCUCUGAGAGUGUACGGUAUGGACCAGACUCGCCAUCGCCAGUCAGCUAGGUCUGCCAUCUGCAAAACUACACAGAACAGAGACAAGAAGAGGAGACAAUGAAAUGAACGGCUCUUAUUUGUUGUUUAGAUGUUUUUUUUGUUGUUGUUGUUUUUUUCAUUUGUGUGGUGGGAGGUGGGUCGGGGGGUAACUUUUUCUCAAGAUGCAUUUCUCCUUUUCUUGUGCAUGAUUUGUACUUUGAUACUGAGGAUAAGGUUUAUGAAAGUCACUGUGAUGUGCAGAGAGCAGGGCCUUGCACAAACAUCUCAACUUAAUUAUUUGUAUAAUUAGCCUCUCUGUGCAUCGUCAAACCGAAGGGUCCAUUAUCCUCGACCAAAAGAGUGUCAUUAGAUUAGUUUCCCACAGGCUCUGAAUGACUUUCCACAAUUACCUCCUCUAUUGAAAAACAAUCCUGAGAAAUACGAAGUACAGCUUCUUAAAAUACAUCUCAGUGAAGGAUAUAUUUAUUUGACCUAUAGAAUAUGCCAUGACUAACUUUUGAUUUAGGGAAUUUUCUUACGGCUCUGCAGAGAAGGAGUUGACCAAGGUCUUGUGAAGUGUAAUGUCCUUGUCUCCACGGCGAUUCCGUGGAGACUUUUGAUGCAGUGUGUCCCACUGGGACAGAUGAGACGACAACGUUGGGCGCGUUUGCAUGAACGGAAGACGACUCAGACUAAAGCAUUUCACUCUCAUCAAACUGAUUGUAUGAAAUCCUCCGUAUUUACUGUUUAAUAUUUGAAUAACAAAGUAAUAUAGCUGGGGUGGGCGUGGGGGGGGGGGGGGGUGCUCUUUUAAUUUAUUGAAAUGAGAGCUUAGAUGAGCUUCAUGAUGUAACGAAGGCUACUGUGAGAUUUGUGUUGUUGCCAUGCGUACAUCGCCAGACGGGCCUUUACAGCUGUGUUGUAAAAUGACAGUAUUGCGUUGUCAAGCACUUGUCAUGUCAUAAACGUCAAAGCAUUUUUCUCUUCCUGACAACUACAGACUUCAAUCUCUAGUCCCCCCCCCCCCCCU